ACAAGGAGAAGGAGGUAGCGAAGGUGGACCUUGGAGUGGAAGAGGAGGAGGAGGAGGCAGAUAGAGAGCAAUGGGGUCAUAAGAUGGAUUUCAUCCUCUCUUCGGUGGGGUAUGCCGUUGGGUUAGGCAACGUUUGGCGCUUCCCCUACCUAUGCUUUAAGAAUGGUGGAGGUGCAUUUCUCAUCCCAUACCUCAUCUUCUUGGCUAUUGCUGGAGCCCCACUUUUCAUCAUGGAGUUCUCCAUCGGACAGUUCUCAAGUCUUGGAUGCAUCGGCUGCUGGAACGUGGUCCCUCUACUCAGAGGUAUGGGUAUUGGCAUGGUACUCCUGUCAACUUUGGUGGCCAUCUACUAUAACGUCAUCGUAGCUUGGACCAUCUACUUCAUGGGAGCAUCCUGUCAGAGUACAUUACCUUGGUCCACCUGCAACAACUCCUGGAACACCGAGAACUGCUUCGAUUCCACCUUACAAAAUGGAACGUUCAACGCUUCCAAUUCGGUCCGCCCAAGCGAGGAAUACUGGACAUACCGUGUUCAUCGGCUAACAGAUGGGAUUGAUGAUAUGGGCACAAUGAACUGGGAUAUAUUCGGAGCUUUUCUAGGAGCUUGGAUCAUCGUUUAUCUUUGCAUCAUCAAGGGAGUCAAAUCAGCAGGAAAGGUGGUGUAUUUCACGGCCACCUUUCCCUACGUGGUUCUCUUUAUUCUUCUCAUCCGUGGCGUCACUCUCCCUGGUGCUGGUAAAGGAGUCCUUUUCUACAUCACACCAAAGUUUGAAAGACUAGCGAGCCCAGAGCCAUGGAAGGAUGCUGCAAACCAGAUAUUCUAUUCAUUGGGUAUGUCAUUCGGAAGUCUCAUCACCUUUGCCAGCUACAACAAGUACAAGAACAACUGUUAUAAGGAUGCUAUGAUGGUGGCUUGCAUUAACUGCGGGACAAGUAUAUUCGCUGGCUUCGUCAUCUUCUCCGUCUUGGGUUUCAUGGCUCACGAUAGCGGGCUAGAAGUCGAAGACGUGGUCGCAUCUGGUCCUGGACUAGCCUUCAAGGUGUACCCUGAGGCCCUGUCCCGUCUACCAGUCCCUCAGCUCUGGUCUAUAUUGUUCUUCUUCAUGUUGCUCACGCUUGGACUGGAUAGUCAGUUCGCCAUGUCUGAAGCUUUAAUCACAGCCAUCUCCGAUGAACUCAGCCCUGCUAAGAGAAAGAAGUACAAAUGGGUUGUCACCUUGGGUGUGUGUGUCGCUCUGUUCCUGUGUGGUAUACCAAUGUGUAUGAAGGGUGGUUUGUACGUUUUCACUCUCAUGGAUUGGUAUUCAGCCUAUUUCUCGCUAUUCAUCAUUUCAUCAUGCUAUUCCCUGUCACUAUGCUAUAUGUAUGGUCUGAAACGUUUCGUCAGUGACAUCCGGUCCAUGAUUGGCUAUGAUGUCUUCAUCUAUUGGCAGGUCUGUUGGGCUGUUCUUUCACCACUAGCUAUGAUGCUCAUCGUUGUAUUAGGCUUCGUGUUCUACGUGCCUGCUUACUAUGGUGAUUACGUAUUCCCAGACUGGGCUCAGGCCGUUGGUUGGAUCAUGUCUUUCGCAUCUUUCUUGGUUGUUCCACUAUACUCGGUCUAUGCGAUGAUCUUCCAGGCCGAAGGAAGUUUCUUGAAGCGUUUAUCAUUCUUGAUGAAGCCCACUUGGGACUGGGGUCCAGCGUUGAAUGUAGACCGGAUCGCUCAUGGAUACAAGCCAUUUCCUCCUGGUCGAGGGGGCCGCAUACCCGAAGGGUAUACUGGAGAUUAUGCCAUGGAAUCGGACGUCACCGCCAAAUACGAACCUACAAACGGCGUCUCCAUCAUCUCUGGAAGAUACGUCAUAACUGAACAAGGGCGGGAGGCUGAUACGGCCUCAAACGGUACCCCUCCUCCUGAUUAUAAUUCAAUUAACUAAGAUUAUUUCAUGGAAACAGCAUGCACAAGUGCAAAGACUUUCUGGAAUGAAUUCAUGCCGCGGAAUGUUCAUUGUCUACAAUUUACUGAUGUGUUACUGCUGUUCAACAAAGUAUUAUCUCAGUACAUGACUGCUCAACUCAGUGCAAAGAAAUAUAUGUCUCCAACAGUUCUAAUGACAGCAAUUGUCAGCAACCGCACAAAAUGUCAUUUACAAUAUAUAGUGGUCCGCAACGGCACUGGUGACAGCAAAAGAUGUAUACAGUAUCAACAGCAUUAUACUGAAAUGACCCUUAGAUGAAUUCUCCUGAAAACCUUUGCAUUUGUGUGUUAUGUUCAUGCCCCCAAACACCUGCACUUUAUUUCCUAAAUACUUAGUGAUUAAUAUAUCAAAUUACCUAGAUUUAUGUUCCAUAUUUUCAAUGAUCUGUUUUAAUUUUUUAAUUCUUGUGUGUUACUAAUUAACAGGCAUGUGUUAUAAAGAGUGUAAGGCCAUUAUCAAAAGCGCACAUUUUAGUGUUUUACUAAAUUAAGCAAUGCAAGAUAUAUUUGUAUUCAUGUUGUGUGGUAUGAUAUAUGUUUCUUGUACAAAAGAAGAUAUUUUAAUACAAAUUCAUGUGGAUUCAUUAUCUGUAUAUAAUUAGUUUCAUAACUGCAGAAAAAGUACUUAUUUAUAUGUACCUUUCUACUAAUCGCAUAGAUGCGAUUAUUUCGUAAAUAUUAUGUUGGUUUAUCAUUGUAGGGCCAAGUCCACCCAAAACAAAGUCGAGUUCACUAACUUGUGAAAAAUCAAACGAGCAUAACACUAAACAUUUUGAUAAAAAUUGAUGUUUUCAUGGUUUUCAAUUUCUUUUCACAAAACGGUUUUCGGUUUGCAAAUAACAAGGGCCGGGGAACCGGGGGAAGGCUAGGUGGGCUUCAGCCCCCCCCCCAAUUUUGUGUCCAAACCCGAGUACAAAAACGUAAAAUUGAACAUCUGAAGAUGAUUUUUUGCAUGGUCAGCCCCCUCCCCCCACUUUUGGCUCAGCCCCCCCCCCCCCCCCCACUCUCAAAACCAUUCCACGGCCCCUGAAUAAGAGAUUCAAUGAUAUCACCGCUAACUAGUUAUUUUAUAUAUUGUAAUUUGAAAAAUAAUAUUAUUCAGUUUUCCGAGUUUUAUUUAAAAAAAAACCGAUUGUCGUCAUAUCGACUUAGUCAAUAAUGCUGACUCUCUUUACUUGUUUGACAUGGCAAAUUAAUUUAUGUCCCAUAUAUACUAGUACCAAGGAAGCCGCCCCUUCGAACUAAAUCUUACUUUUUUCCAAUAAUUAUCACUUGCAUGUCCCUGAGUAGAAGCUCUCUCCGGGAACAAAGAAAUUAAAAAAAUCAUUCCUAGUAAGCACACUGUCAAUUUAGAUGAGAGUGUUUAGAAUUUCGUAAAUAAACUGGUGAGUGCUUUAUAGAGCAGCCCCGCCGUCCAGGGCCAUGAGGAAUAUCGUGAGCCUUUCUUGAUAUCUUAAUAAAUACUAAUAGCAAUUUCGGGUACCGGUAACCGGUAUAUCAUUGUUUUACCAAGAAUAGGGUCACCAGUCUAGCAUAAUGUUGUACGCUUCAUGAAGCACCCCCCCCCCCGUCUCUUGUUAGUAUAGGGGACGGGUUCUGAAAUAAUCAUGUAUGGUUAUCGUUAAUACAUUCAUCUUAUUCACAUUCAGUUCUAAUCAAACUACUAAAAUGGGUUAUCCUGGAAAUGGGUUAAAUAAGAAUAAUAUUAGCCCCCCCCCCCUUCGUCUUAGCGCAGAGGGGGGGGGGGGUCUAUAUGGGCUUUGUUGGAUUUUUUUUUCUAAUGGGAUAUUCAAUAUCUUGGUAGGGUUGUUUUUGGGUAGGGGGGUCACACAUCACUGAUUUGGAGGAACUUGAACUUAUAUUGUUUUUAACCAAAUCCGCGGAAAAGCAAUAUCUCAGGUUUCAUAAAGAUUUCACUUUCUCACUUUCGCACUUUGUGGUGUUUAGUUUAGGGGUAUGCCUUGCUCAAGGUGAUGAAUUUUACCACAACUCACACAUAUAUUGAUUUUAAAAUAAGAAAAGGUUUACACCAUCAUUUAAACGCAGUUUUUUGUGCAACAUGUCCCAAGUGUUAAUCCCUAAAUAUUACAUAUCUGCUGAAAUAUUGCAGUAUACAGCUCACAUUUCAUUAUCUUACUGCAAAUAAUUAAUACUUGGUUCUUUAAUUUUGUGCCGUUAUAACUUCUCUUAAAAUGAUGAUAGAUUUAAAUUUGUAAUUAUUAUUUUGGUUGUAUAAAAAAUUAUGAUUGCGUUUUGAUCUUUCAUGUUGUAAAUAUCUUUAAAUGGAUCGUGGAUACAGUCUUUCAGAUUUUCACUUCGUGUUUUACAAAGAUAGAAUUUAUACAGAUGAAAUUUUGGUAUAUUAUUCAAUUAUUUAGUGUACUUUACAAAUCAGAACAGGGUAUAACGCACGGCUCAAGAUGCGUCUUUGCGUUAGAGAAGUGAAAUGUUUUUAUCUUAAAGUACUAUUGUAUAUUACGAUUCUAAUUAUGCACAAAAUUAACAUUUUUUUAAUCAUUUCACAUUCAUGACAUUUUUAGUAUUAAAAAAAAUAUGUAGAGUUUUCAAAUCAUGAAAAUAGAAAGCGGACUUAAUCAUCGCUAAACAAUUCUGAUAUUUUCAGAGAUUUUUCUAUUAAUCAGAGGUUGAAAUCAGACUUAUAUUUUUUUUACAGUUUAUCACCAUUUUAAUAUAUAGUUGAUAUUCAACUUGUUUCUAAAGCACUCAUUUGGAUGUAUGUUAUUUUAAAUACACGGAAUCAUUGUUAUGAAGAGCAUGUUAUAGUCCAUGGUUCUAUGGUUUUUUCAUAUCUCGAAAUAUAUAUCUGUUUUUUUUUUCAAGUAUGGUGUUUUAACGUGACAAAUUUCCUCUGCAUCUUUACAAUGUUCUAAUCUCUGAGUGUUAAAUUUGAUGUUCCAUUAUAAUGACAAUAUAUUUUCAAGGCGUUCUAACAUGGAGGCUGACGAGGGUUUUCAACUUGCGUUGCAAAUAGUAAUACAAAAAAUUAUACGGUUUACAAACUGAUUCAUGUAACCGUUUUUGACGUCCAUAUCGUAUAGAUUGAAGUAAAACAGUAAAUAAUUGUUAUUUUCUCCUUUCACCAGAGGAAGAAAAUAUAAGUUUGUCUUUCAAGAUCAGUAAAGAUAAUUUUGUAUGAUGAUGGAGAGUUUUAAAUAAACAUAAUGUAUUCUGA